AUGAUGCUCAUAUUCUCGAUUCAAAAGCGAUGUGACACUUGGGAAUGUUCCCUCGUUAGUCCACUACCAUUAUUUGGACAAACAACAAAUGAACAUAUUAAAUGGCUUAAUUAUCAAAAACUUAAAUGGAAUAUUCAACAUGAACAACGUCAUCAACCAUCAAUAAUAUCUAAUAAUCCUCAAAUAUCAUCAAAACAAAAAAAAAUAAAUUCAAUGAAUGAAAAAAUCGAUACAUAUAUUCGUCAUGUAGCUGUACAUUUACACACGUGUUCAUGA